AUGGCUUCCCCCUGUUCCGGGGACCCCAGCACGGCAGGUCUGCCCCCAUGUCCGGUAGCCCCUCCAGGUGAGACGCAUGGUCCUGCCGCGCCCCAGGAGCUCCCGUUUCCGGACAUCUACGGCGGGGACGCGCAGCUCUGGGAGGCGCACUUCCGCGGCAUCGGACGCGCCUACCGCGCGCUGGGCAAGGAGGACGACUUCGCCAUCCGCGUGCUCACCGAGGACUUCACGCUGCCCUUCCCGUUCGCCUGGCCGCCUGGGCCCGACCCAGCCCGCGGGCCGCUCUUCUAUGACCCGCACGACCGCACGGGCUUCGACUUCCUGCUGCGGGGUCCGGGCGCGCCGCCCCCCGCGCUGCUGCGGCCCCUGCACAACACGGCGCAGGCGGCCGUGCGCAAGCGGCGCCUGGAGCAGCUGGCGCUGAGCUACGCGCAUCGGGCGCCGGCCCCCGGCCCGGCCUCGUGGUGCUCGCACCCGUGCCCGCCGGUGGAGGAAGGAGUGAAGUCGCAGUGGCAGCAGGGAGGGCUGGCCAGGCUGGAGCCCCCCGCGGGAGAGAUAGAGCCUCCGAUGGGUGACCCUCCAUCCCCCCAUCCCGGCCCCCUGGGCUUCAGGAAGAGCACCUCUAAGCCCACCAAGGCUGAAGGGCCCACCACCAGGAACCAGGCACCUCCUCGCCCGCUGCUCUCCGGCCUCCGCAUCCCUCUGGCACAGACCCGGGCGCCUCCUCCCCCGAUGCUCUCUGACGCCACGCCCAUGGGGCACCGGCGUCAGAGCCUGGUGGGGAUUCCAGGUGGCCUGGCCCUGGCUGACCUUCCUCUCUCAGCCACAGCCAGGGCACUGACCCUGGUCACAACUGGAACCCUGACCUUGGUCGUGAACGGAGCCCUGAUCCCUGGCUGA